UAAAUUUACAAACGAGACUAACAGCUUACAAUGUCUCAAGCCGACACCGUUUUCCAGUCCCGAUCGGACGGUAUCUCUGCCGAAGGUGUCCGCGAUCAGUAUGCCGAUGGUAAGGCAGCCAAAGUGUGGGAAAUUUUCAUCGGAGACAAAAAGUCCCGCACCGAAAAUUAUCGCAAUUUCCUCGUUGAAAAACUGCGUCAGAAUGGUGUACGACGCAUAUUGGACGUUGCUUGUGGAACGGGUGUGGAUUCGAUCAUGCUGCUGGAAGAAGGAUUUGAAGUUGUCUCCAUUGAUGCUUCCGACAAGAUGCUGAAGUAUGCGCUAAAGGAACGUUGGAAUCGCCGCAAGGAACUUAGCUUUGAUAAAUGGGUUAUUGAGGAGGCAAACUGGCUCACGCUGUACGAUGAUAUAAAGCAUUUGCUUAACGGAGGUUUCGAUGCCGUUAUGUGCCUGGGAAAUUCUUUCGCUCAUCUGCUGGAUAACUUUGGAGAUCAGCGCGAACAGAUUCAAGCCAUUCGUAACUUUGAAAAAUGCGUUAAGCCCGGUGGUUUGCUAUUGAUCGAUCACCGCAACUACGACAAUAUCAUGGACACCGGUGCAACGCCCGCCAAGUGCAUCUACUACAAUAGCAGCCACACGACCGACAUCAAAACGUCAGUACUGUACGUAGCCUCAAAGCCGACGCUCGUUACGCUGGACUAUCAGAUCAGCACGGGUAGCGAUGUCAGCGAGUUCCGAUUAUCGUACUACCCACACAAACUGCGCGUGUUUGAAGAAAUUCUUCAGACUAUCUUCCGUGGCAACAAGCUGCACGAAAUCUAUGGUGACUUUAAGCCACUGACCGGAGUAUCCAAUCCGGCAUUUUAUAUUCACGUUGUGCAGAAAGCUUCACCCUAAGUACGCAGCGCUACGUCGCAAGACGACAAAUUGUACUCAAAGUGAUUUACAAGUCGGAAAACGAGUAAGGAAACACCACACGGACCACACUGCAUGGAGCUCAACGCAAUCAUUCCCCAUAGCGUGACGAUUGGUAAAAACAAAAAAAUAAUAAUAAAGUAACUCACUGUUGAGGAGUGGUUUUUCCAACAGUAAUCCGUCGUUCCU